AUGGCUGGAUCUUCUGUUGAUAGACGUCUCCUCAAUGCUAGCAGUGAUGGUGGUGUACGAAUAGCUAACGGUAAUGGUGAUGAAAAAAAAGUUCUAGGAAUGCUAUCAGGAGCAGGGUAUAACAUUAAUCAAAUUAUAGGAUCUG